AUGUCUCAAAGCACCUCGUCCCUCCCGGAGACGUUCGAUGAUCUUCCCAACAAGCGGCAGUACUGGCCUGCACCUGCGGGAUCCGAGGACGAGGGCUUAGGCAUGCUGCGCCUUCUCACGCCCGAUGUCGUCGCCAGUGCAGCGCAGACGCAGAUCCGGACCGGCGAAAGAGUGUGUCUGAACUGGAACAUGGAGAACCUGACGCCUCCUGGGUUCGGCCGCAGGCAUUUUGAGCAUCGCAUCAAAUGGGUCGCAGAAGGCGUUGCAUUCGAUGACGAGUACCACUUCAAUCCUCAACAGGGAUCCCAGUGGGACGGACUCCGACAUCAUGCGAACAAGGACGGCGUGUUUCACGGAGGCACCACGGCCGAAGAGAUCAAAGAUACCCAGUCUCCUCGGAUAGGAAUUGGAUACUGGGCCAAAAAGGGCAUCGCAGGCCGAGGGGUUUUGAUCGAUUAUGUCUCCCACGCCAAGAAAAACAACAUCCCCCUGAACGCCCUGUCACGACAGAUGAUCUCGCUCGACGAGGUUCAAGAAAUCGCGCGGGAAUGCAACAUCACUUUUCAAAGGGGCGAUAUCUUCUUCUUGCGAGUGGGCUUGCCGGGAACAUGGGCGAGUAUGUCUGCCGAAGAGCGCCAGGUCUACAGCGAACAGUCCAUGCCUCAGCACGCCGGUAUCGAGCAGAGUGAGCGAGUUCUCCGCUUCAUCUGGGAUAAUCAUUUCGCAGCUGUUGCCUCGGAUGCUGUGAGCUUUGAAGUGUAUCCGGCCCUCAACCCGGAAUAUGAUCUUCACCAUCAUCUCUUGGCUGGAUGGGGCUUGCCGAUCGGUGAGAUGUUCGACCUGGACGAGUUGGCUGCAACUUGCGAGAGGUUGGGUCGCUGGACCUUUUUCAUUUCGAGCAGUCCUUUGAACUGUGCCCGGGGCGUGUCAAGCCCUCCGAAUUGUAUGGCGCUUUUCUAA